CGGGAGGCUACCGCCAUCGAGCGCGCCCCCGAAGAGCACCGGAAGCGGAAGCGGCACGGGGAACUGAGGUAGACGGACACCGAGAGGCUGGGAGACGGUAAUGUGAGGAGCCAUGGAGGAAUCUCAUUUCAAUUCAUCGUACUUCUGGUCUGCAGUUCCCACAGUGUCUGGACAGCAGAUUGAUAAUUCCAUGUUCCUGAGCAAGGUAAAGGAGCAACUGAUUCAGGAGAAGGGCUGCAAUUUGGGGUCACAUUAUCCCACUCUACUGACAGUCCCUACAUCAGUGUCGCUGCCACAUGGGAUCAGUGUGGAUGGAGAAAACAAAGUUGAGCUUCAUGGGAUCCCUAGUAGCCAGGCAUCCGUUACACAAAACAUAACUGUGCUUCCUGUACAUUCCACAGGGCUCAUGACUGCAACUGGAUUGGUAAUUACAUCUCCAUCAGGGUCUCUGGUCACCACUCCAUCAUCCUCCGGUCAGACGUUUCCCAUUUCUGCCCCUAGUACCAUGAUUGUGUCAACGCUGCCUGGUUCACAAACCCUGCAAGUUGUAUCAGAACUUACAAAAGCUAAGAUCUCUGAGGUGGGGACAGCGGGAGCUCCUAAAACAGGCAGAGGCCGCAAAAAGAAACGUCUCCAAGAGCAGACUCUACCCAACCUUAACGACCCAUAUGAUCUGUCUAAUGAGGAUGAUGAGGAUGCACAAAAGGAUGGGAAGACAUACAGGUGUCGCAUGUGCUCCAUCACUUUCUUCUCCAAAUCUGAGAUGCAAAUUCACUCCAAGUCGCACACAGAGGCCAAGCCCCACAAGUGUCCGCACUGCUCCAAAACCUUUGCCAACAGCUCCUACUUGACACAGCACGUGCGCAUCCACUCGGGGGCCAAGCCGUACAGCUGUAGCUACUGCCAGAAAGCCUUCCGCCAGCUCUCUCACCUUCAGCAGCACACACGGUACGGAAAUGAGCAGACAGAUAUGUGAUUGUUUCAGUCAUCGUGGGAGGGUGUAGUUGGGUCACUCACUGUGUACCGUAGGAAGUCAUGAGUGUGUGCAUUAUAGACAAGAAUAUCUCUAAAGCCCCGCAAUCCCCCCUGACACAGGUGCAUAUACAGUACAGGAUCCAGACUGCAUAUCGUAGAUUUCCUCUUACACUUGCUACGUGUGCUCAGACAUUUUCCUGCAGAAUCCAACCUAAUUACAGAGUGGGAAGGCAGCUUUUCUAUUCAGACACUGUAACAAAUUUCCCUUACUUUGUCUACUUAGCUGCAAUUAAAUGCUUCAUCAUCCAUCCUGCCACGUACACACCUAUACAAAACUAUGCCUUUCACCCCUUCUGUAUAUAGCACUGACACACUGUGCCGGUCACCCCUUCUGUAUAUAGCACUGACACACUGUGCCGGUCACCCCUUCUGUAUAUAGCACUGACACACUGUGCCGGUCACCCCAUCUGUAUAUAGCACUGACAUACUGUGCCGGUCACACCAUCUGUAUAUAGCACUGACACACUGUGCCGGUCACCCCUUCUGUAUAUAGCACUGACACACUGUGCCGAUCACCCCUUCUGUAUAUAGCACUGACACACUGUGCCGGUCACCCCUUCUGUAUAUAGCACUGACACACUGUGCCGGUCACCCCAUCUGUAUAUAGCACUGACACACUGUGCCGGUCACCCCAUCUGUAUAUAGCACUGACACACUGUGCCGGUCACCCCUUCUGUAUAUAGCACUGACACACUGUACCCGUCACCCCAUCUGUAUAUAGCACUGACACACUGUGCCGGUCACCCCUUCUGUAUAUAGCACUGACACACUGUACCCGUCACCCCAUCUGUAUAUAGCACUGACACACUGUGCCGGUCACCCCAUCUGUAUAUAGCACUGACACACUGUGCCGGUCACCCCAUCUGUAUAUAGCACUGACAC